AAGAAGGUCGAGUGCUUGCUCCUAUGGGAGGGCCGUUGCGAAGAUUGUGUGUGCGAGAGCAUGACACUUAAGUGCAAUACGCAGCGUGCUGGUCUCUUGGAUUACUUCGGUUUUCUAAGAGACAGGUACAAUUCGAUUCCGAUUAUCCUGUUGAGGACGACGCUUCAACUUUUCUUCUCUCAGGUGAGUAUUCUUCUCGUUGUGCCCUUGAAGAAAGGAUACUACUAAUAUGGAUUUGCAUUGCUACGAUUCCGAAUCCUGUACCCGACUCCAAAGCACUCGAAACAUUACCGUUACGGUAGCGCCCCUCUGUUGCAACACAUAGUUCCAUCU